CUCUGGCCUGUAGAGAUGUGUACGGAGGAGAAGGGGACGGAUUGCUAACCGAGCUAGCCGGAUCCUCCCGAUUAUAGAAACACGGCUGAGCGUGGUCAUGUUGCCCACGGUAGGAUUCAUUUCGUGAAAAAAACCCGCUUUGGAAAUACCCGCUUCGCUGCUUCACAAAAACGGCGACGGGACUUGUUUUUGUGGCGGAAUAACAAAGCCGGUCGGCGAGGAUUUUGCAAAUCUGAGCGAGUCCACGUUAGCUGGCCUAGCCGGACUCGGGAGCUCGUCUCCCAAAACAAGAAUGGGGUCUAGGUCCACUCGGAUUAGCUUGCUAGUAAAGUGACCUUUGAUUGUGUUCUCUGAUGGCAAAUUUUACCAAUUACCAGGAAGGCAAGGCAGCGAUGUUGAUGGUGGAGACGCAGCAGAGGGACGUGGGGGCUAAACCCACAGCCACCGCCAACGGAGACGGCUCGGUCGGGGAACCCCCUUCCCCGUUAAUUAAUAUCGGCGGUGGCGGCGGAGGAGGCGGCGGCUCUCGCUUCCAUCAACAUUUACCGCCCUCCAAUCACCAUCCCCACCACCACCAGCCAAAGGAUCACCAUCACUACCAGCUGGCCCCGCAGCAGCAGCAGCAUCUUUCCGGGGAAAACAUUGCAGAGUCCCCCGGUAGGAAAGCCUCCUCCUCCUCCUCGUCGCUCAGCCAGGUACACGCCGCCGAGGACCCCGCCGCUUCUUCCUCCGGCGCCGCGAGCGGCAGCAGCAGCCAUGUAUACGCGGCUGUGAGCGUCGCGAACACCUCGGACGUUGGGGAGGAUAUACGCAAGUGUGGCUAUUUGAGAAAGCAAAAACACGGACACAAGAGGUUUUUUGUGCUUCGGGCUGCCAGCCACCUCGGGCCGAGCCGCCUGGAGUACUACGACAGCGAGAAGAAAUUCAGGAGCUGCCUGCGCUCCGCCAUCGCGGCCGCCGCAAGCGGUGGCGCGGUCGCCCCUUCUCCCCCGAAAAGGGUUAUUUACCUCUACCAGUGCUUCACGGUAAACAAAAGGGCGGAUUCCAAAAACAAGCACCUCAUUGCCCUUUAUACUAAAGACGAGUACUUUGCCAUUGUGGCUGAAAACGAGCAGGAGCAAGAGGACUGGUACGUGGCUGUCAGUGAGUUGAUGAAUGAGGGUAAAAAAGGGCACGUGGAUUCAGACGAUUUAGAUGAUGGGUAUGGUACUGUCACCCCCGGUACUGUGUUCAAAGAGGUGUGGCAGGUGAAUGUGAAACCUAAAGGACUGGGUCAAACUAAAAACCUCACAGGUGUUUACCGGCUAUGCCUCUCAACUAAAACCAUUCACCUCGUAAAGUUGAACUCUGAAACCCCCUGUGUUAACCUUCAGCUGAUGAAUAUCAGACGCUGCGGACAUUCAGAAAGCUUCUUUUUCAUUGAGGUGGGUCGCUCCUCCUCUAUCGGGCCCGGGGAGAUUUGGAUGCAGGUGGACGACUCUGUUGUGGCCCAAAACAUGCACGAGACCAUCUUGGAGACGAUGAAAGCCCUGAAAGCUUUUGCAGAGUUUCGGCCCAGGAGUAAGAGCCAGUCGUCGGGCUCCAAUCCCAUGCCAUUUAUCACAACGCGGCGCCAUCUGGGCAACCUGCCACCGAGCCAGACGGGACUGCAGCGGCGGUCGAGGACAGAGUCAGUCGUCGGCACGCCACCGUCAAGUAAAAGCUCUGGGGCGAGUGGUUAUCGCUUCCGAACAUCCAGCGAGGGCGAGGGGACAAUGAACCGGCCUUUCCGCUCCGCCACAGGAAGUCUGGUGCACCUUAACUCAGCCCGCGCCCAUCAUGGGCGUCAGGAAGGUGGUGGCAGCAGCAGCGGGAGUGGUGUCGCUACAGGAAAUGCUGGCACAAGCACAGGAAGCGGGCGCUAUGUCAGAGCCAUCCCGGGGACGACGUCCACCUAUCACGCCCGCUCCGCCUCGCUGCCAGUCUCCCACUUCCCCUCCACCACCAGUCCAGUUAGCGUCUCCUCCAGCAGUGGCCACGGCUCCGUCUCCGACACACUCACCCGCCCAUCGAGCGCCUCGAUAUGCGGCUCUCCAUCUGAUGGCGGCUUCAACUCCUCGGAUGAGUAUGGCUCCAGUCCUGGUGAUUUCCGGUACUUCCGGGUGCGGAGUAACACGCCUGACUCUCUGGGCAACACCCCACCAAUCAGAGAAGAGAACUGUCUAAAUGAUUACAUGGCUAUGGGCUGGAACCGGGAGGUCUUCGGCACCGGAGGUAGCUCUGGAAACAACAGCGGAGGUGAUACGCCACGAGACGAGAGCACGUCGACGACAGAGGAUGAACGCUUUUCUUCAUCAUCACUGAGGCGGAGGACGCACUCUUUCACCAGACCGGCUGGUGGCGCAACAGGCGGUUCUGGAGUGGCGGUUUACCAGAAAAUGACCCAGACCAACUUCUCAUUGGACGAGGGGUCAGACGUGGUGUUGCCGUUUGGCAGCGGGCUGCUCCGUGGUGGGCCGUCCUCCUCUUCUUCCUCUCUCCGCUCUGACUACAGCUCCUGCUCUGAGCACAGCCAGCAGAGCCGUCCCUCCACGCUCUCCCGGGCGGAGGCCAGUGGUGAACGCCCUCCCCUCUCCUCGUCCUCCUCUGCCAAGGAGGACAGCGGCUACAUGCCCAUGAUGUGCGGCGUUGCUGCGUCACCACAGGACACUCCACCUGACUACAUGCCUAUGCAACCCAGCUCUUACUCCCAUUCCCUUCAGUUUCACAGUCCAGCUUUAGGUCCCCGUUCAGCCCACCACCACCCCCAGCUCCAGUCCCAAUCCUCCACAGACUCCCACGGCUACAUGAUGAUGCUCCCAGGGGGCAGCGGCAGCUCCCCUUCUCCAGGGCAGGCCUCCCCGAGCCCUCACAGCAGCUCCAGCAUGGCAGGUGCCAGUGGGAGUGACAGCAUAGCAGAAAGACCUGAGAAUGGGGAAUAUAUGGACAUGUCGUACUGCAGCAGUGGGGGCCACAAGCUCUCAAAUGAAAGAAGCAGUGAGUAUUACACACCUGGCACACCUGAGGGCACCCCAAAGUCUUACAGCCCUUAUUUCUCCCUCCCUCGCUCCUACAAGGCCCCCACCAGAGAGAGGGAUGAGAAAGAAUACGGGGAGUAUGUUCCCAUGAGUUCACCUGCCAAGCCCGUCUAUUCAUCAGUUGCCACAGCUUCCAUAUCAACACCAGAGAAGAGGGCUGGGGGAGGUAGUAGCACCUCCACGCCCUCUCACCCUCCCCCGCCUUAUGGAGCUCACCAUACGACUGCAGCAAUGGCCGACCGACGUGUUGUGAGGCCCAACCGCCUUCCUUUAGGCAGGAGAAGUUUCCAUGGUCCGCUGCGGGUUAGUGAGCCCUCCACAGCAUCUGCAGGCACCUCCACCUCAGUCCCUGCCACUGUCAGCUCGUCCGAAGGGCCCUCCAGCCCAGGGGAGUAUAUAAACAUCGAGUUCGGGGAUCACUACCCCCACCAACAACAGCCUCCUGCUUAUCCUCUCUCUGCCCAAGAUGAAGCACCUUCCCUGGCAUCCAGUGACCUCCGUCGCUCCCCUCACCAGGAUUAUAUGAGCGUGGAGGUGGCAGCGGACCAGCAGGACAGCGCUGGAUGUCUGGGCAAAAACCAGUCACCCAGACCCAGCCUCGUCGCCCCCUGGAACCCACCCAGCUACAUCCGACCCCUGGCUAGCAAUCCUGGGGCGCUGGCCUCCCCAGGAGUCCCCGCCGGAGGUCACUGGAGGUCGAUGGGGGACGACUACACAGACAUGACGUUUAACCUCAGCAGAGGUGAGAGGACGCAAACGAGCCCCACGGCCAUGCUGCAGCAUCUCUGUGUGAUAGAGGGACGCUACGGCCACGCUCCCACUGCCUCCUCCUCAUCCAUUUCUCCCCCUCUCCCCCCGUCGAGCCCGGGAAGGGCGCCGACACAGCAGCAGGAGCCCAAGGUGGUGCGGGCCGACCCUCAAGGCAGGAGGAGACACAGCUCGGAGACAUUCUCCUCCACGUCUUCUUCUAAUUCAACUCCCUCUGGAGGAGGGCUCGCCCCCUCGUCCUCCGCCACCCACCCCACACUGGUCAACCCCACGGCCCCCAACGGCUCGUACCUAACGGAGGGUCAGGCUUCCAGAUGGGCCAGCUCGGCAUCUUUUGACAGCAUGUGGGUGUCCAUGGAGGGUCUAGGGGACUCGCCGGCGCCCCAUGCUCCAGUAAGAGCCAUGGAAAUGCCCGCAGCCCCUGGGACCUCCUCGUCUUUGACGUCGGGGGCCGGCAGAAUGUGCAGGAACAUGUCAGUGGGCUACCAGAACGGCCUGAACUACAUUGCCUUGGAGCUGAGGGAGGACGGGAGUAACACGGGAGCCAUGGCGUCGGGUAGCACCAACGGGAGCUCGGUGGCGGUGGCAGCAGCGGCGGUGGCGGGCACGGUCCCACUGCCGGAGAACGGAGCCUAUGCCAGUAUAGACUUCACCAAAUCUGAUGGAGUCACCGCAACAACCAAGGACUGAGCGACGGGACGAUCGAGGUUCCCCACCUUCCUCCUCCUCCUCCUCCUCCUCCUCCUCAUCUCUCUGCUCGGGGCACUUGACUCUGCCUGUGACCUUUGACCUCCCCACACACACACACACACACACACACCCUGCUGCCGGCGACCUCUGACCUCCUCACCCAGCCUGAGAAGCCGCUCCCUUCUGGAUGCAGAAAACAACAACAACAACAUCACAACAGAUGACAAAAACGCUUGCAGUUUUUUAUAAGUGUAUUUCAUCUUUUAUUUCAUUUUUUGUGGGGUUUUUUAUGCAUAUCUUGUCUUUUUUUUUUUUUUAUCAUUUCCCCCCCUCCUCUCACAGUCGAUGCUGCCAGUGUGCUGCUUUUUUCAACGGUCAGUGAACUUUGGUUGAGGGGGGCGAGACGGUCUCAUCAUCAACCCAUACGGUAUUAUAUUAAAAAGGGAGGAAGCAAAGGCAUUAUGGUACAAACUUUUAUUUUGAACUUUAUUAUUUUUCACCCCCUUUACAUGCAUUAUAUAUAACCCUCCCUCGACGCGGUACCGUACAGUUAUUACAUCGUGCACAAAAGUCGUAGUAAAGAAUGUGUUUUUUGUUUUAACGAAUGAGUGAAAUACCCCUUUAAAUGGUACGAGCUUGUGGCUGAAGCGCCAAGUUUUGUCAUUUGCGCGGCUGCCUCGGUUAAAAAAAUAAACCUGCGGGGAAGUUCGGUUCAGGUACUGAUACACCUCACGUUCUGUAGCACAUAUACUUAUUUAUUUGUUGCAAUCGGUACAGAUAUUCCGGUACAUUUCUUUCGGAGAAAAACCAGAUGAAUGCUGGAGAGUUCCUCUAUAGGCCGCUUUGCUGAUUUGUUUAAAGGAACAGUUUUGGUGGGAAAUUGUUUAUUAUUUCUCUGUAGUUUUACAGGCAAACCCAGGUUAGCUUAGCUUAGCACAAAGACUGGAAGUAAAGGGAAACAGUUAGCCCAGAGGUAGGCAACCUGUGGCUCUUUGGUUACUCUCCACUGGCUCCCUGUUGCUUUGACAAAAAAAUCAUAGGGAAGUAAAAUAAUUUGUCCUGGUUGUAGGCCUAAAGUGAUUCUCACAUUCUCCAAUUGUAAAAAUAUGUAGCAUAUACAGGUGCAUCUCAAUAAAUUAGAAUAUUAUAGAAAAGUUUAUGUCAGCAAUUCAAUUCAAAAAGUGUAAAAUAGAACACACAGAAUUAAACAUUUCGUGUCUUAAUUUAUCUAAUUUCUCCUAAUUAUAAUGAUUAUGGCUUACAUUUGAUGAAGACCUAAAAUUCAGUGUCUCAAAAAAUUUUAAUAUCACAAAAGGCCAAUUUUUAAAAGUGUGUUUAAUAUGGAAAUGUUGGCCUCUGAACAGUAUGUCCAUCUAUAUGACUCAAUACUUGGUUGGGACUGUUUGACUUGAACUACUGGAAAUUGACUUUUCCAUCAUAUUCUAGUUUAUUGAGAUACACCUGUAGACAGAAGUAUGAGAAAAUUUCAGUCAACUUAAAUCAUAGCCUAUGCACAUCUAAGUCUUCACCCUAUCCUCUAUUUUUUUGUCUAGCUAUUGCUAUAGAUUUCAAAUCCAAAAAAGAAAAGGAGUCCUAGAGGGAAAUAGAUUUGUAUUCCUUCACAGCCAGUGCUUAAGGCCUAGCGAAAUGCCUGAUCUGCAGUGAGAAAUCGCAAAUUUCUUUAAUUAUAAGGCUCAAAGAUGCGGCUCCAGAUGGAUUUUUAAUUUUUUUUUCUGGACCAAAAUGGCUCUUUUAAUGAAAGAGGUGGCUGACCCCUGAGCUAGCCUGUCAAAAGACCAAAAACACCUAAAUUCAAGCAAUUAUUUCCUCUUUUAUAGUGAUUGAACUGAAAGUUUACUUCAAAUUGAUUUUUUUCUUUUUUUAGCCAUUUAUGUGCAGGAUUUUCCAGUAUUUUUGUCACCACCCAUACCUCUAUAAAAUGCACACUUAUUGUUAAUAGCAAUCAUUAUUUUUUUUACAGGUUAAACAACAUUAAACAUAAUAAUUGGUGAGAUUUAGAGUUGCUGACAGGUGGAUUUUGUUGCUUUUAGACGAAUUAGAACAUCUGUUUCCCCCUGUUUCAAGUCUUUCUGCUCCAGCUAUAGAUUGAUCUCUUUAUCAGGGCUGAGAACUUGUAGUUAACUAAUCGGUUAGUUAAUUAAGUAAAAAAAAAAUCAUAGAAAAAUACCAAAAGCUGCAUUUUAAAUCUUAAAAGAGCUUUGGAAAUAAAUCAUUCAGUGGGAAAAAUGACUAAUUUAGUUAGACCAAUAUUUCAGCCCUUGUUUCUUAUCUCACACCUGGAAAAAGUGAGUUUCUCACAUUUCUCACUGAAUCUCAAACUGUUCCUUUUAAAUAAAAAGAAGAAGAAGUGGCCCGUAGAGGUUUUGGAAACUCAGCUGCUGUGAUUGGUCGAUUGAAACCGUUGUUGCUCGGUCGACUCAAAACCCCAAGCAAGUGAUUUAUUAUUAUUGUUAUUAUUUUCAGUUUUAUCUUAUACGGUCCGUAGCACAGUUCAGGUUAGAGAGGGAGAGUGGCAACACACACACACACCAAUCCAACACGCACAGGCACACCAUGCAACAUACACACACACACACACACACACACACACACACACACACACACACACACACACCAAUCCAACACGCACAGGCACACACACACACACACACACACACACACACACACACACACACACACACACACACACACACACACACACACACACACACACACACCAAUCCAACACAUGUUGCGUCACAAACGCUGUGAAAGGUAAAAGCACAAAGUACAGACGUUGACACUGGGAUGCAAACACAUGACUAAUGCACACACACACACACACACACACAUAUACACGAUAUCUCUGCAAGCGAACUAUGUACUGUACAGCAGUGGCAUGCAUGCAUGCAUGCGCACACACACACACGUACGUCAUGAAGACGCAUGUCACAGUUAUGUGGCUACUCCCAUAACACAUGCAGCAGUCAUACAGCCCUAUUUAGGCGAGGGGGCGACUCCUGUGUGCCCCCGAUUCAGCUCUUUGUCAGCGGCUCCUGGUGACACACACACACACACACACACACUCUCUCUCUCUCACACUCACACAUGCACACACAUAUAUAUGCAUGCUGGGGUGUUCGUCACUGGCUCUGCGUGACGUAAAGAGGUUUCCAGUAACCUGAGCUGCAGCCCCAGGUGCAGCGCACUGGUCAUACUUGCCCUGCUACAACCUCACACACACACACAUACACAUGCACACACACACAUUCGGACAGCCAGCGAAAAACCCACAUCAAUCAAAGCCGAAGCUCGCUGCCUCUUUCUCUCUCUCUCACACACACACACACACACACACACACACACACUUUAACAGACGCCCAUAUUUAGCGUUUCUACUCUCCCAUGAAUAUUCUGUUUUCACAGAAAUAAACGUGCUAAGAAACACAAAGACUGACAGAGAACGGAGCCCACAGAGUUUCAUUUUUUUGUUCAGCAUUCACUCAUGGAAUGCUAUCUUCGCCCUGUUUCUGAUUUUCCCGUCAGCCCACUCUCUCUCUUUUUUUGGACGGAUGAAGGCCUGUCACUCUUGUGUGGGACGCAUCAUUGUCAAAGAUGCUGAGGGACGGAUCUGAGGUGUCUUUAAAUAAUCAUUAAAGGGAUAGUUUGGACAAAUUUACGUGUGGUCGUAUGAGCAGCUACAGUAGAUGGCGCUCAGUGAACUUCUGUAGACAGUCAAACAGCCUUAUUUAACUUUCCUCCCUGCUCCUCUUUAAAGCCACCAGACUCCAUUGACAAAAACAGAGAUUUUACCUUGCAGAACAGAUGAGUCGAGUGUCUGCUGCUGCCUCGAUCUGUUAGUUUGUGUUAUUGUGUUGUUCUGGUGUUAUUUUGAACUCGCCAAAGUCACAAAAUAAUAGCAACAAACUAACAAAUCGAGGCAACGGGAGACAAGCAACUGCUGUAUUCUGUGAGGUAAAAUUACUGUUUUUGUCAAUGGAGUCUGGUGGCUUUGAAGAAAACAUAAAUGGCUCCAAAUUGCCUAUUUUGGUGAUAAUUGUCUAAUUAUAAACUGAUAUUGAUCCUUUUAAUUGCUGCCCCCUGUCCAGUACCUCAUACAACCCCACUUAAAAACAAUCAGAACUAUCCCUUUAAUGUCUGGUUUAAAGAGUUUUGUGCAGCACAGAAUUAUCUCAGAGUGAAGGUCAGUUUGCUGUGAUGGACAUCUUAUUUGAUGCAGUAAACUCUGAACAUCUGGUUGUUUGUGUUCAAGAAAUUUUUCACUUUUUUUUCUGACAUUUUAUACACCAAAUGGGUAACGAUUUAUUUUUGCAGCCCUGUUGUGCACCAAACAGCGUUUUUAAUGCCAUGUCUCUGUUUAUAUGCAGUUCAAUGAUUGUGAUUGGCCUACAGUUAUGGAUUUUUCGCAUUAACUGCCAUUUUAAGGGUGUACUAGAUCUAAAAAAGCACCAGAGACUGACAGAAGAGGCCGAGUUUUUAUCUUGUUUUGUCCAAAGAAAUUCAGUUUACAAUGGUGAUAAGAGUUAAAUUCAGCAUAUCUUUGCAUUUUGAGGAGCAGGUUUUGCUUCAUAUUUAACUUAAAAGCAUUAUUUGAUUGCAUUUAUGUUUUUCUUUGCUUUAAACAGUCAGAUUUGGUGGAGUUUGCUGCAUCAGUUUAGUGUUUCAGGCCUUUCAUCCACAUAAAGACUGACUCAUUUACCAACACAGUGUUACAAAAAAAACCUCUCUGUAUCCUUGUUUAAGGCGCAAAUUUUCCAAAUAUGGCAACUCCUUCCCCUCCGUCCUUUCUCCCAAUUUCAGAUACGACGGAGCCAAAAAGUGAAAAUAAAACACACGGUUAAAAAGGUAUCUUUUGCUGUGGAGGUUAAAGCGAAGGAGAGAUUUUAAGCAGGAGAAAUCCACUUUGACCCCCUUUAUCGCCCCCUGGAGGGCCGGUAUCAAUUAAUAAUUAAUAAUGAAUCAAUCGUGUUUUAAAUUGUCUGACUUAAAAGAGAAAACCAACAAAAUUAUAGAUUUUAAGCCUGUGACGUGUCUUAUAUGUACAUUAUGAACAAUUAGAGAUAUUUUUCAUUUCGUCCCGUUCGAGCGAACAAAGAAUAUAUUGAGACAAGCAUUUUUUAUUUUUAUUUUUUUGAAAAUGUUUUGUGUACUGACUUAUGCUACAGCGAAGUGUUGCUUUUUGAGGUUUUGUUUGUUUGUUUUUUAAUGCUAUGGCAAAAAAAUGAUUUGGGUUUUUUUUAUUUUAAUUUUAAUUUUUUUUAGGAAAGAAUCCUUAAUUUAUUUUGAUUCAAAAAUGGAUAAAUGUCGUUCAUGUCUGAUUGCAUUCAUGUUGAAUUUUACCCCUUUUUUGUCACGACUGAACUAACUUAAAAAACAGAAUCUGUGUUUAUUUUGGCAACAAUUCAACCUCAAAACUGUCCUCAAUGUAACCGAUUAUGAUGUUGAAAAUCAGCUGUUUUUUGAAAAAAAAAUUCUUGUUCGGGGGUGGAGAAAAAUGAGAAAGAAGACCUACGUAAUAUAUAUAUAUAUAUAUAUCUAUAUAUAUAGAUAUAGAUAUAUAUAAUCCUCGCAGAAAAGACUUAGGGUACUGCAUCAUUAUGCAAACUUUUGUUUUUCCUCUAAUAUUUUGGUUUAUUUUGUAUUCUAGUUUACAGAGGGAAAUAAUCAUCUUAUUUUUGGUUGUUCUGUUGUUUAUCGGGGCGACCUUGUUUCUCUGCUAACGAAGCGAUAACAAGGGUAGAAUUUUUUUUUUAAGAGUACAUAGGCAUUUUGCAGUUAUUUGUAUAAAGAAAUGGGUUACAACCUCUGCCUAAUGUUUAUUUUUUUGUAACUAUAUUACAGUUUAUUUGCUGCUGUGUAGUACAGUUAACGGUUGGAAAUGCUGAAACGAUGAAGACGAUGUUCAUUGCCCUGCUAUCAGGCGCGGGUCCGUAUAUUUCUUUUUUUUUUUCUUUUUUUUUCCCGGAGGAUUUGGGAGGAGGAGGGGAGGGAGAGGAAGAGCUCCCGCCCUGCUACCUGUGUUCUUAGUUUCCGAGUUGAAUGCUGUUGUUUAUUAGCUUUACAGGAAAGAGAAAGAGUUAAAAAAAAAAAAAAUACUGUGGAGGUGUGUAUCCUUCGUAUGUGCAUUAUUUUUCAGCGACGUACGUCCUAUAUACGAAAAAAAAAGAGUUAAAAAAAGAGAAAACUGUGGUGGAAAAUGGAAAAUCCUCCUUCUGUAAAUAAGGAAAACUCGAGUUGUCGCUUUUUUCAUGUUAUGAUCGGCGCCUCGGCAGGUGCCCCUCCCCUUUUUUUGUUUUCCUUUUACUUCCUUCUCUCUUUCUUUCUCUCUUGUUUUUCCUCGUGGAGGGAAAGGGGGGCAGGAGGGGUACUCAGAGGCGAUUUGAGCAUCGGCAUAGUGUUUAUAUUUAUCAAAACUUUUUUGCUUUCGAUAGAGCUAUUGCAAUAAAAAUGUGUUCAUGUAA